GAAUAGUUUGCUGUCGAUGCUCUGUUCAAAUCUUGCUGUGGGGAGUAGACAUCUCGAUUCAUCAUUGAGUUUGGUAUAUUGCGCAUUUGUACACAGUGCUUGGCCGUGAAGGAAAUCCCAGAUCUGCGCGGCACGUCCUCCGAUCGAGGUUCGUUUCGCUCGAUCUCUUUCCACCGUGCUUGACUGGACUAUCUCUCCCUCUGUGGUCCGCAUAAUUUACACACAGCAAAAAAUAGACCCGUCAUCACAUUUUACCUAGAGAUAUUCCGGCAAUCCUCACGUUCUUUUGCGUCCAAUUGGUGUCUGACGCCACUGUGAAAGUCUUUGUCGCAGAUGUCAAGGCCGAGUACUACAGUCGUGGGCACGAGUUUCGAAGGCUAUCACUGGUCUUAAACCGACAUACAAACGCUGCAGCUCACGGGCCUGCGCUUUCGAUCAUAUGGCUACCGCAGCGCACAGUCCUACUUCUCAAACCACGAAUGGCGACAGCCACGAUUUGCCCCCGCCCGCACCCGCUACAAAGAAAGGCAAGGGAAAGAAGGACAAGCAACUGAGCGCCGAGGAAAAUGCAAAACUAGUGCAAGCGCGGUUAUCACAGCUGGAGCAGGAGAAAGCGGGUGACAAGGCUCAGCAGGCGGAGAUCGACCGCGAAGUGAAGAAAGCUAUUCGCGACCUCAAUGAGUUGAUCAACGGCGUCGAACCCCUGAAGGGGAUCGACCUUGUCAAACAAAAAUAUGAAGAGCUCCUUGCUGAAAUGAAAAAGACCGAACGCGAACACCUCAAAGCCAAAAAGAGUCGCGACCAGUACCAGAAGGAGGCCGAGAAAUCCAAGUCGGAACACAACAAGACCACCACGAUGAAGGACAAGUUGGAAAAGCUGUGUAGAGAGUUGACAAAAGAGAACAAAAAACUCAAAGAUGACAAUAAGAAGCUUGAAGAGACCGAGAAACAGGCUCGAGACAGCAUCAAUGAGCGUCUAGACCAGAUGCUUUACGAUGUGCAGGAAGCUAUGAACUCCAAGACAAGCGCACAUCCCGAGAGCCUUCAUCUCGAGCUGGACGAGUUAUUCAGGACGCGAUGCAAGGUCCUCGCAGAUCAAGCUGAAAUCCGAGAAAUGCAUUUCAAAUCAAUACUUCGCCACAAAGAUGCCGAGAUUGCCCAUCUGCAAGCCAAACACGAGGUCGAGCGGCGAAGGGCCGACACUGAAGCAGCUCGGUGCCGGACUCUGACGGGCCAAGUGUCGACCUUCUCUCAUACUGAGGCGGAGCUCCGCAGUCAAUUGAAUAUCUACGUGGAGAAAUUCAAGCAGCAGGUGGAAGACACCCUCAACAACAGCAACGAGCUAUUCCUCACCUUUCGAAAAGAAAUGGAGGAGAUGUCCAAGAAGACAAAGCGGCUCGAAAAAGAAAACCUCACGCUCACGCGCAAACAUGACCAGACAAAUCGCAACAUCUUGGAAAUGGCCGAGGAGCGCACGAGGGACAAGGAGGAUCUGGAGAGGCUUCGAAAGCAGGAACAGCGGAUGCGCAACAUCAUCAAGAUCAUGCAGGAACAGGGCCGAGGUCGGCCGAUCCAACAAGAGCCGGUGGACGAAGAAGGCACUGAAAGCGAGUAUGACGAAGAGUACGAGGACGAGGACGACGAUGAUGAAGCCAGUUAUGAGGGAGAAGAGGAGCUGGCGACCGAAAUCGCGAAGCCUGUGUUUGGACCAGUGCCUCCGCCAGAAAUGGUCGCCUCCAAGGCUAACGGCCAGAAUACGGUGGCGCCAACACUCGUCAAUGGUAUCCAGCAUUAAAGAUGUGCAUGCAAAACAUCGCUUGUAUUCUUUUGGGGACUCAGGAACAAUUGAGUUAGCUCGCACGUUUAUACAGGUGCCUAGAUGUCAAGGUAUCCUCCCAAUACACCAAAAUCCAACUUUG